AUGUCUGCGUCUAUGUUCAAAAACUUGCCCUCUUCAAAAAUAUUGAAGCAGGUUGCACGGUUGAAUCUCAUUGCCGGAACACCCGAAAAUGCCUUCAAACUAGGUCCGCAGAUCAAAAAGCUCGAGCUCAUUUUGAUUCUGAAAAACGUUUUCAAGCCGGCCGCAGGCUUGAAGCAUUUCUGGAGACGAAACUUGCCCGUGUUGAAGUUCCACAAUGAGCACGUUGACUUUGUCACCACACGAGUGAGGGCGCAAACCAAAGAGGAGAUUGCCAAGGUGCCUUCUAAGAUCGUUAUCCACGGCACCGAUGGAUCGAAAAAGGACAUUGAUUGUCUUUUCACAGACCACAACGACAUCUUGAAGAAGCUUGUCGACGCCACCAAGGCUACGCCCGUGGACGCAGCAGACAUUCCUGUUGUCGCUGUGCCAAAAAACCGCCUCCGCUGA